CAAAACCCCCAAAUCGAGAGAGGGUUUAAAGAAACUUCGAUUUCGAUCAAUUCAAAGUCUCUUUUCUUGAAGUGAUCGGCAAGAGAUGGCGGUGGAGGAUGAAGGAGCUUCUCAACCACCGGUGACUACUACUGCGGCGGCGACGACAACAGAGAGGGCUAUCGCGAGGCUGAGUCGGUUUCCUAACAUGGAGCACAUUUGUGAUAACUACGGAGAUCUGAAACUGGAAUUUAGCUCGUCCGUGUUAAGCUCGCUAGAGAAGUACUUGCCGCCGGAAAUGCUCACGGCGAACAGAGAAGCGAAGGCCAAAUUCAUGUCUGACAUUUUGCGCAAGUACAUUUCCCGCAGCGAAUGUUUCAUUGCUAAAUGGCGCAAUUACUAUUGGCAGAGGAUAAAUUCCGAAUAUAAGCCACUCUACAGGGGAUGGUGUAAUUUUGAUCCCGAAUUGUUUCUGCUUCCGGCUUUCCGGAACGCGAUCAGCGAAAACACUGAGGAAAGCUUCAGACGCAUCAUUUCUGAACCGUUUCCUGGUGUUCUUGUCUUUCAAAUGUUUCAGCCUGACUUCUUUGAGAAAUUGAUACUAGAGGUAGAAAAUGUCAGAAAGUGGGCUCAUGAGAAAAAAAUUCCGAUCAGGAGACCAAACAAAACAAUAUUCUUCCCUGAAGUGUGUGGAGCAAUGUUUGACUCUCAUUAUGGAUUUUUUAUUGAAAAUGGUGAAGAUAAGGAUGCUGAAUUAGGCUGUCGUGUGGAUGAUUCAGAAAUAACAUUGGAUGUUUGUUUGAGGAAACAAUUUGAGGGAGGGGAAAUAUCUUUCGUAGGCACACGAUGCCAGAAACAUUACGAAACAAAUAUAAAGCCAGAGGGUCAAGCUAUACUUCACCGUGGCCGCCACCGCCAUGGUGCCAGAGCCACCACAGCAUCUUGUUAUCGGGCCAAUAUGAUUCUUUGGUGCAGAAACUCUUUGUUUAGAGAGAUGGAAACUUAUAAGAAGGAAUUCCCAGAGUGGUGCGAUGAAUGCGCCCAUGAAAAGAAAGAAAAGGAAAGCCAGAGUCUUGCUGCCAAAAGAAAGGGGAUGAUUAGAAUUGUGGGUGGAGGCAAAGCACAAUGAAACAUAACACAUCAUAGCUUACUAUUGGUCAAGCCCUGAAGUAUUUGCUUUGACCUUUUUUGAAUCUUUACUUGAGAAACUGAGUAUAUGUAGAAUCAUCUGAUGUAAAUACGUCUUUGUAUAUUGAAUCUUCUUGUCUCUCACACUACUAAGUACAUGACAUUUACUUGUACAAGGAACCAUAUAAUGUAGAUCUGAUUCCUAUAGUUUUUUUUCUUGACUUUUUUGGAUUGAAGAUAGUUUACUUGUUAUAACUAGGAAAUAUUGGUAUGGGUAUUUUUUUUGGAUAUCUUGUGUUAUAUGUAGAUCGCAGGAUAGUACGGCAUUAAAAUAGCGAAGCGUAU